AUGGAGCGGAGGGUUGCCCGUGAGUUCCGGCACAAGGUUAAUCUACUAAUUGACAAUGAAGCGGAGAAGGACUACCUUUAUGAUGUGCUGCGGAUGUACCACCAGUCUAUGAAUCUCCCAGUACUUGUGGGGGACCUGAAACUUGUGAUUAAUGAACCAAGCAGAUUGCCUCUAUUUGAUGCCAUCCGCCCACUUAUCCCAUUAAAACACCAGGUGGAAUAUGAUCAGCUUACACCCAAAAGAUCACGAAAGCUGAAAGAGGUGAGAUUGGAUCGUUUGCAUCCUGAAGGACUUGGAAUCAGUGUGAGAGGUGGAGUGGAAUUUAGCUGUGGCCUCUUCAUCUCCCAGUUAGUUAAGGGAGGACAGGCAGACAAUGUUGGACUUCAGGUUGGAGAUGAGAUAGUUCGUAUAAAUGGAUAUUCCAUUUCAUCAUGCACACAUGAAGAAGUCAUAAAUCUCAUUCGUACAAAGAAAAUAGUGUCCAUAAAAGUAAGACAUGUUGGCAUGAUACCUGUCAAAAGUUCAGCAGAUGAACCCCUUAAAUGGCAAUAUGUGGACCAAUUUGUGUCAGACUCUGGGGGCAGUGUUGCUGGUCUCGCUUCUUCUGGAGGAAGAGACAAUAAAGAGAAAAAAGUCUUCAUUAGCUUGAUUGGUACAAAAGGCAUGGGAUGCAGUAUUUCCAGUGGCCCAACACAAAAAACAGGCAUUUUUAUCAGCAAUGUUAAGCCGGGUUCUCUUUCAGCAGAAGUGGGCUUAGAGGUUGGUGAUCAGAUUGUUGAGGUAAAUGGAGUGGACUUCUCUAACGUGGAUCAUAAAGAGGCUGUCAGAGUGCUCAAAAGUAGUCGUACUUUGACUAUCUCUGUGGUAGCAGGCGCUGGGAAGGAGCUGUUCAUGACUGAAGAAGAAAGGCAGAGAGAAGCACGUCUGCGUGAACAAGAACGCCAGGAGUUAAUGCAUCAGAAGCGACUUGCUCUGGAGACUAACAAAAUCAUCAAAGAGCAGCAGGAGAAAGAAAGAUUAAGAAAACUGGAGAUUUCCCAGAAGGCUGCAGAAAAAGAGGAGAGAUAUCGCCGAGAAAUAGAGCAGAUAACAGCAGAGGAAGAAAAAUUUAAGAAGGAGUGGGAAGAAGACUGGGGUCCUAAAGAGCCCCCCAAAUCUUUAAAAACUGUGACUGCAGGAGUGCACCCUGCCCCUUGUUCCAAACACAAAACUUUUGGGUGGUUUUAUCGGUAUGAAGGAAAAUUUCCCACAAUCCGCAAGAAAGGGAAAGACCGAAAGAAGUCCAAAAGUGACAGUCUGUGUGAACAGAAGAAGAAUAAAAAGGAAAUGGAGUUUGAGCAAAAACUUGCCAAAGAGAAAGAAGGAAUGUUGGAGAAAGAAAAGCAGCUGAAAAUAAAUCGUCUUGUGCAAGAGGUAUCUGAGACAGAACGAGAAGACCUGGAAGAAUCAGAAAAGGUGCAGCACUGGGUGGAAAGACUUUGUCAGACACGGUUAGAACAGAUUUCCUCUGUGGAGAAUGAAUCUCCUGAGUUGGCAAGCGGACGUCCAUCUGCUCCUCCAGCCACAUCAGUACGGCGUUUUGCUGGUGGCCUGCAGCUUCAUACUACAGAUCUUGAUGACAUAAACUUAGAUGAAGUUGACAAGCCUAACCAUCAUGUGGCACCACCUCCACCACCACCCACUCUUCCUUCAGCAUCAUCAGCUCAUCCACUUUCUACAUCAAAUGUUCCACUUUCAAGAGGUCCUGCCCUGUCAGUAACACCAGCUUCCCAGGUUGUAAGAAACACCUCCCACGUUGGCAAAGUGUCUUCUGUGUCAAGCAAUCCACUGAAACUUGCUCCAAGUCCACCUACUCAGCGACAUCCAGGGGUACCAUUAGUCUCUAAACCAGUCAUGCUCCACCCUGACCCAAACUUUAUGGUCAGGCCAACAAUCAAAACAGAGGCCCUGCCACAAGAGAUGUUUAAAAGGAUGGUGGUUUACAAUUCAUCAUUUAGAUCUAACAAAAAACAAGGCUUCCAGAAAUAUUUGGAAGAUUUUGAUCCAUAUUCAAUGUUUACCCCAGAGCAGAUUAUGGGAAAAGAUGUACGGCUAUUACGAAUUAAAAAGGAAGGAUCAUUAGACCUUGCAGUUGAGGGAGGAAUUGAUUCUCCAGUUGGAAAGAUAGUUGUGUCUGCCAUCUAUGAGGGUGGUGCUGCAGACAAACAUGGAGGCAUAGUGAAAGGGGAUGAAAUACUAGCUGUAAAUGGCAAGAUACUUAUUGACAGCAGGCUGGCAGAAGCACAGACAACUCUAGCAAAAGCUUGGAACAUGGGUGGGGAUUGGAUUGACUUAGUCAUUGCGGCAUCACCUCCAAAGGAAUAUGAUGAUGAAAUCCCUACUAUUCCCUCAUCAACAGUCAGUCCCAACACACAAAAAAAGGUUUUUGAAGGCAGUGCACCUGUGUACAGACAAGGGUAUCUCCUGCAGCUGUAG